AGAGAGAGAGAGAGAGAGAGAGAGAGAGAGAGAGAGAGAGAGAGAGAGAGAGAGAGAGAGCUGACUCAGCCAACACAGAUCAACGUUCAGUCACUCACGAGGCUUCCGUUUCCCCGAAACACGCGAGGGAGAGGGAGAGGGAGGGGGAGCAGAAAGGGAGGAAGGGGAAUAGGGAAAAGGGAGGGAGGGGAAGGAAGGGAGGAGACGGGUAAGGCCAGACAGUCAGCUGAUUUGCCCUUUCGCCCUCCCUCCCUCCCUCCCUGCCUCCCUCCCUGCUGUUCCAUAAUAUUAACCGGCACCUCUCUCCUUUUCCUCUCCCCGGCUCCACGUUCUGCCUCCCGUUAGCUCCUCCCCUAUCGGCUCCUCCUCGCUCUCUCUCCCUCUCUACCAGUCUCCCCCGCGCAUCACACCACCUUCCCGGCGAUCAAUAACGUGGGAGCUUACUGCAGUGAAGGGAACAGGAGACCGACUCGCCGCGUGCUCUGCUUCUGUUUCCUCCCCAUAACUUGCCCGCCCCGGCCCCCUUGGCACACGGCACCUCAUGCCCGGCUUUCUGAGUGCUUCGAGGCCACGGGAAACGCGCCGCCAGACAGUUUAGUGGCGUGGUGUGACGGGGAGAGAGUGCGGAGUGGCGGAGGGAGUGUGUACGGCGCGCGACGAAGCUCACAGGUCGACGACUCAUCCCUUCCCGUGUUCCUCGUACCCAGGAUGUCGGUGCGGGGCGUGAUGACCCCCCAGGGCUGGUACGUGAAGGCACUGCCCUCUGGGGAGCCUUAUCCACUUGAGUCCCGUCUGGGCCCGCUGUUCCGCGAGGCGGGCGUCACAACGCUGUGCGACGCCCUCAAGUACGGCGCCUCGCUGCACGGCUCCAAGCCUUGUAUGGCCACGCGGCAGCUGUUGCGGCGGCAGCGUGAGGAGCAGCGCGGCAGGACCCUCGAAAGGCUGGAGCUCGGCGAGUACCGCUGGAAGACCUACGAGGAAGUGCAGCAGGUGGCGGUGGAGGUGGGCCUGGGCGUGCGGCGGCUGGGCAUCGAGCCGCUAAGCCGCGUCGUGAUCUUCGCUGAGACGCGCGCCGAGUGGUUGACGGCGGCCAUGGGGUGCCUGCAACACCGCAUCACCGUGGCCACGCUCUACACCACCCUCACGGACGUCGGCGUUGCCCACGGCAUCAACGAGACGGAGGUGUCGCUCGUGUUCACCUCGUACGACCUAUUGCCGCGCGUGGCCCGCGUGCUGCACCAGUGCCCUCGCGUCACCACCGUGGUGGUCAUGGAGGAUCAGCUGGAGGGCAUGGGCGACACAAGCAAGAUCCCCGCCAACGUGAGUGUUGUGCCCUUCAAGACCCUGUCCCAGAAAGAUCCUUCAGCCGCGCCCGUCAACACGCCGGUGCCCCAGGCGGAGGACGUGGCCAUCCUAAUGUACACGAGUGGGUCGACGGGCACCCCGAAGGGCGUGGAGCUGAGCCACACCAGCAUCCUUGCCAGCGUCAUCGCCUACUCCGUCCAGAUGAACGUGGGGCCCGGCGACCGUUACCUCUCCUUCCUGCCACUGGCACACAUCAUGGAGCUGGCGUCGGAGAUUGCCCUCAUCUCUCUGGGCGCCACCAUCCUGUACUCGUCCCCGCACACCCUCACCAGCACCAGCCCGAAGGUGAUGCGCGGCACGGACGGCGACGCCAAGGUGGCGCGGCCCACCGUCAUGAACGCCGUGCCCCUCGUGCUGGAUCGCAUCAUCAAGGGCGUCACACAGAAAGUGGAGGAGCAAAGCUGGAUCAAGAGCCUCGUCUUCAGUGAGGCCGUCAAGUAUAAGUUCUGGCUCGAGUACAUCCCUUUCACGUCUUUCUUCCUCAACACGUUCAUUUUCCGGCGGGUGCAGGAGGAGCUCGGCGGACAGCUGCGCCGCGUGGUAGUGGGCGGCGCUCCGCUGUCCCCUCAGACCCACGACACCAUGCGGGCCAUCUUCGACGUGUCCAUCCAGGUGGGCUACGGCUCCACGGAGUCGGCGUCGUGCAUCGCCGGCAUGGAUGAGGACGACACGACCACGGGGCACACGGGCGGCCCCAAUCUGGGCGUGCUGAUGCGGCUCGUGGACUGGGAGGAGGGCAACUACCGCGUUACGGACAAGCCUAACCCGCGGGGCGAGAUCAUCGUGGGCGGCCCCGUGUUAUGCAAGGGCUACUUCAAGCUGCCGGAGGAGAACAAGUCGUCCUUCUUCGAGGAGGACGGCGUCCGGUGGUUCCGCACAGGCGACAUCGGCGAGGUGAACUCCCUCGGCUCGCUUAAGAUCAUCGACCGCAAGAAGGACCUCGUGAAGUUGAAGCACGGCGAGUACGUGUCGCUGGGCAACACAGAGUCCAAGCUGAAGACGCUCUCCAACGUGGACAACAUCUGCGUCUUCGCCGACUCUACGAAGGACAAGACGGUGGCGGUGGUGGUGCCCUCGGCGGAGAGGCUGUGGAAGGUGGCGGCGAGCGUAGGCAUCGACCAGGGGACGCUCACCAUCGAGGAGCUGUGCGUCGACGAGCGGGUGAAGGAGGCCAUCCUGAAGGAGCUUCAGAUCCACGGCAAGAAGUGCGGCCUCACACGCUGGGAGGUGCCCGCUGCCGUCACCCUCACGCUGGAGCCCUGGACGCCCGACACUGGUCUGGUGACGGCUGCGCUGAAGCUGCGGCGCAAGCAGCUGAGUAACCACUACGAGCACAGCGUCCACGACAUGUACUCCCGCCUGGACUAGCACGACGCCGCCCGCUCCAGACAGUGAGCAGCGCAAUUACGGGGACUGCUGGCCCAGCCAGCCCUCCAGCUCCCUCCGCGGCCCAGCGCCGGACACUUGACGCAGGCUGUUGUGUUGCGGCUGGCCAUCCAUGUAUCACUUUGGUAGUCUAGUGUUGGACGUUAUUACCUUUCAUCUAUCUUAGAAAACAGACAGCUUAUACUACCCAAAGAACACUUUAAGAACUUAUAAAACAUUGGCAUUCGUGUAUAUAAUUAUGUACAUUUGUGAGACGUUUAGGAGCUGUCCGGUGCGGUAUGGAACCCUCCAUGGCCCGCUCCUCCUUACCCUCCCUCACCCCGAUUCGGUGCCUCGCGUCCCUGCCACCUCCACCCCCAUCACCCUGCACAGCCCCAUUACCCAUGCCAGCACAGCACGCACCUCCCCUGCAGCACACCCUCCCCGCUCCUGCCCUCGCCAGCCCCACACCACACAUACAUUCUCAGCCUCCACAAAUUCUUGCCUUUAUACCAAAGAAACUGUAACCAGACCCGCCACGACCCACCUGCCGUCACCUGCAGCCAAGAUCCCCUGGCACCUGUCGGAGUCAAUGCUCAGUGCCGCCUUGUCCCGCCUCAGGUGGAAUGGCACCUUUGGCACUUCAGGUAGGCGGGCUGAAGGAUCACCUGGCACGGUUACCUGGCCAAGGCACACAUGAGAGGGUCAAAGUGGCAGAAGCAGUCGGUUUUCUUACUCUUACUGCGGUUUGUUCACCAGUUUGUACGCACAACUCCAAUCAGAACUUAUACAGGGAUAAAAAGUGACCUUGAUAAUUGGGUCCUGUGAAACUGAAACUGCCGAGAGAAAAGUUUCUGUAUAAUAUUUUUUUGUCAGUGUUUCAGUUUUGUAGUUGGGCCCAGUGUUCCAGGGUAAUGUUUGUACCUGACGGCCGUACUGAUUGGGAUUAACUGCAACAAACUGGCGAACACACCUUCCUUCCUCCCCCCAUCACCACUUCCACCACCAACGCCUCCUUUACCUUUCACACCACUCCAUCAUUUUCCAUCAAGUCGACGCAGCACUCCGAAUUUUGCCUUACGAAUCAUGCUUCGCUCCAGUCAUUGUCUAUAACACAUCAUUGUUAUUGUGUGUGUGUGUGUGUGUGUGUGUGUGUGUGUGUGUGUGUGUGUGUGUGUGUGUCCAUACUUCAAUGUGCAUGUAGUUAUAAUAAUAAUAAUACUAUUAACAAUAAUGAUAAUAAUGAUAAAUAAUUGGGCUCAACACGUAUAUCAACAUAUUCUAUUAAGAUGACGGAAUGUGUAAGCAUUGACGAGCGGCAUGUUAAUGAUGCUAAAAAGAUAUGUGAUUAUAGACCAUUGAAAACUGUUAUUUGUGUGUGUGUGUGUGUGUGUGUGUGUGUGUGUGUGUGUGUGUGUGUGUGUGUGUGUGUGUGUGUGUA